AAUCAACGCGCUGCUCACAUAAAAGUCAUCUCUUCAACUUCCUAGCGGGAAGCUGCUAUCGAAGAACUGUCCACAGGCAGCAGGAGUCAAUGAUAGAUACAGUGGCUGAUAAAAAAGAAAGAUGAGACUGUCCCGAGCUGAAUAUAAAGAGAUAGCGAAAUGGACUGAGCAGCUGAGACCUACCCGCCAGUGUAUGAAGAUGCUGAAGGAAAGAUUUCCAAAUCACUCGCAGUCCACUCUUCUGAGCAUCUUCUCCCUGGAGUACCAGAAACGAACCAAGAGAACAAUCUCAAGACACCAUGCGCCAGAUGUCAUUGAAAGCCACUACCAGAGGUAUCUGAGUGAAGCCAAGGCACAUCCGACUGCUCCCGUCUUGUUGGAGUUGGCCAAUGAGGUGGAUCUGUCUCCUGCACUGAUGGCUCGUAUCAUCCUGGACAGGUUCCUUCAGGACCUGGAGGGUGGAAUGUCCUCUAAAACAGUCCUCAACAGCAUGCUUAAGGAGCCAUCGUUAAUUCCAGACCAGACUUUGGCCAAUAACGUCUACCAAUGCACAAUAAAUGACUGCUGUUAUGGACCGCUGGUAGACUGCAUCAAACAUGCUAUUGGCCAAGAACAUGAGGUACUGCUCCGUGACAAACUGAAGGAGAGAAACCUUUCCUUUCUAGAUGAAAACCAACUGAGAGCUAUGGGCUAUGACAAAACACCCGAUAUCAUCCUGGAGGUUCCAAUUGCUGUGGAGGGACACAUUGUACACUGGAUUGAGAGCAAAGCCUCGUUUGGAGACGACCACAGCCACCGCACCUAUCUCAACGAACAGUUCUGGAGCUACUGGAACAGAUUUGGUCCAGGUCUUGUCAUCUACUGGUAUGGUUUCAUUGGAGAGCUGGACUGCCAGAGAGACAGAGGUAUCCUACUUAAAGACUGCUUCCCUACAGACAUUGUCACCCUGUGUCAUGCCACCCAGCAGGACUGACUGCCACAAGAGCCAAAAGAGGGACAAAGAGUGAGGAAAUAAUGAGUGAAGAAAAAAAAAAAAAACAACUAAAGAUGGGUGGAUGAAUGGGAGGAAAGCGAGAGGAGUACAAGGAGGCGGGAAGGGUAGGAACAGUAACACUGAACUGUGCAGGGGUGGAUACCUAGAUCCGGAAGCAAUUUGGCUUUCCUGCAGUGUGAGACUACUGGCAGAGCUCUGCCCUGAACUCCAACUGACCCUCUUUCUCUGUCUGUCUCUACCUUUCUCCCUCUCUUUCUGCCGCAAAGCUACCACAUGUAAAUACACACCAACACAUUAUGUAUAUCUGACAGCAAAGGGUCAGAUUCAUACCUGUGUGUGAAAACACCAUCUUGGAGGCUUUCCUGGUUGUGGUCAACUCCUGGCCCCUGGAUGGCUUCUCGUAAUGGCCAGCCAGGGUGAGAGCCAGGGCCAAAGCAGGACAUAAGGCCCUUCCUUAUCACACCCAGAGCCCUGGCCUUUGUCACUCCUUCCUCCUCCGUUCCAUAGGCAGAUAAGAGAGGUGCGGUCCGGGGGCUGGGUGGACGCCUGUCUCUCACCUGCGUCACUCGGUGCCCUCUCAGUCACUCUCCAGGGGGGUAAACAGGAUCAUUUCUGAUUAAGGCUGGCCUCACAGUGACCUUUUUCACUUCACAAAUGUAUUGAAGAUUUUUUUUUUUUGUUUUGAUUUGACCGCAGUUCAGUUCAGUACAGUUCACAACUCAACUAAAUUUCAUCACAAAAUUAUUAUCUACAAUCUGUCUGCUUUAUGUAUUUUUGUAAUUAACUUAACUAUGAUUAAGAAACUAUUAAGUAAUUAUUUAACAAUAAAUCCAGUACCAUCAAUGAUUUUUCUUGUCCGCUACUUUUCAUUAUGGUUAAACAAUAUACAUAUUUUAAAUCAUAUUUAUGGUUUGGGCUGCAACUAGCAAUUAUUAUCAUUAUUUAGUCUAUAAAAUGUCAGAAAAUCAUUUAAAAUGGCCAUCACAAUUUCUCAGAAGCUUAAAAUUGUUGGUUAUGCAUGACCAACAUACCAAAAUCCACAGAUAUUCAAUUAACAAUUAUAUAAAACAAAGAAAAGAAGCAAAUCUUCAAAAUUAAAAAAAAAAACUGCAAUUGAUAAAUGUUUAGCAUUAUGCUUCAAUAAUUAAUUGAUUAUAAAAACUGUUGUUUGACCAAUUGAUAAAGUGACUAAUUGUUUCAGCACUAGUUCACAAUGUUAUUUAUAGGGCUAAAGUCAGUAUUUAAUAUUUAAUAUGAACAUUUUCAACAAGCAAAAAGGCUAACGUUUCAGUGUUCUCCACAGAAGGGACUGAGGUGUCUGUUGAGCCAGAGAGCUGAGGUCACAGUCAAAUAAAAUGCAAAUAAAUUAGGUCAUUGUCACCUCUAUGAAUGCAGAGUGGGACUAUAAAAAAAAUCAUUCAGUUCUUGUUAUGUUCUAUCCAACAUUCAUGCUGUAAUCGUUUUUGUAUUGUAUAUUGCACAGUGUAUUUUUGUACGUGUUUAUUAUUAAUAAAUUCUGACAAGUGGUUUAGA